UUUCCUCUCUCUCUCUCUCUCUCUCUAUAUAUAUAUAUAUAUAUGUAUAUCUCUUUCUCUCUCAUCAAUCUGAGCUGAGUGUGGAGCUCCACAGUUACAGAGAGUAGAGAGUGGCAGCAGAGGACAUGAUGAUGAAGCUCCUUCUGCUCUGCUUCUUGUUGGUGUUGUUGAGCAAUACGACGCCGACUUCGGCAGGCAAUGUCACCUACGAUCGCCGCUCUCUCUUAGUCAAUGGCGGACGGAAGCUCAUCAUCUCCGCCGCCAUUCACUACCCCCGCAGCGUUCCCGCGAUGUGGCCGGGGCUUGUUCAAACUGCGAAGGAAGGAGGUUGUGAUACGAUUGAGACCUAUGUCUUUUGGAAUGGUCAUGAACCUACUCAGGGCAAUUAUUACUUUGGUGGACGAUAUGAUCUGGUCAAGUUUGUGAAGAUUGUUCAGCAGGCCGGUAUGUAUCUGAUUCUUCGGAUCGGGCCCUUCGUCGCUGCCGAAUGGAAUUUCGGUGGGAUACCUGUUUGGCUGCAUUAUGUGAAUGGUACUGUAUUCAGGACUGACAAUGAGCCCUUUAAGUACCAUAUGCAGAAGUUCACCACAUUUAUUGUCAACUUAAUGAAGCAGGAGAAGCUCUUUGCGCCUCAGGGAGGUCCUAUUAUCUUGACCCAGAUAGAAAAUGAAUAUGGGUACUAUGAAGGUGCUUAUGGAGAUGCAGGGAAAAGGUAUGCCAUGUGGGCUGCUAGCAUGGCUGUCUCUCAGAAUAUAGGCGUCCCUUGGAUAAUGUGCCAACAAUUUGAUGCUCCUGAAACUGUGAUUAAUACUUGUAACUCCUUCUACUGCGAUCAGUUCACUCCUAUUUUCCCCAACAAGCCUAAAAUUUGGACUGAGAAUUGGCCCGGAUGGUUUAAAACUUUUGGGGCCCCGGAUCCUCACAGGCCAGCUGAAGAUGUUGCCUUUUCAGUUGCACGUUUCUUUCAAAAAGGCGGUAGCGUACAUAACUACUACAUGUAUCACGGUGGAACAAAUUUUGGUCGCACGUCUGGUGGACCAUUCAUUACUACAAGUUACGACUACGAAGCACCAAUUGAUGAAUAUGGGUUACCCAGGAACCCAAAAUGGGGACACCUUAAGGAACUCCACCAAUCUAUAAAAGCAUGUGAGCAUUUUUUGCUCAAUGGUGAACCAACUAAUAUAUCGCUGGGUCCUAACCAAGAGGCUGAUGUUUACACGGAUUCUUCUGGAGCAUGUGCUGCCUUUAUCUCUAAUACAGAUGAUAAAAAUGAUAAGACCAUAGAAUUCCGAAACUCAUCGUAUCAUCUGCCUGCAUGGUCUGUUAGCAUUUUGCCUGAUUGCAAGAACGUAGUUUUCAACACAGCAAAGGUUGGAACCCAAACCGCUGUAGUCGAAAUGGUACCCGGGGAAGACUUGAAUACUCUUAAAUGGGAGGUGUUUGUGGAGAAAGCUGGGAUAUGGGAUCAAGCUGAUUUUGUCAAAAAUGGUUUUGUGGAUCAUAUCAAUACCACAAAAGAUACCACUGACUACCUAUGGUAUACAACAAGUAUAUACGUCGAUGAAAAUGAAGGUUUUUUAAAGAAAGGAAGCCAACCAGUUCUUCUAGUUGAAUCAAAGGGUCAUGCUCUCCAUGCCUUUGUGAACCAGGAACUUCAAGGAAGUGCAUCUGGAAAUGGCACACAUUCACCUUAUAAAUUUAAAAAGCCUAUAUCUCUGAAAGCUGGGAAGAAUGAAAUUGCUUUACUAAGCAUGACAGUUGGCCUUCAGAAUGCAGGAUCAUUUUAUGAAUGGGUUGGAGCAGGACUAACAAACGUUGAAAUUUCGGGAUUCAACAAUGGGACAGUAAAUUUGUCUAAUUCUACUUGGACGUACAAGAUUGGUUUGCAAGGAGAGCAUUUAGGAAUAUACAAGGAAGAUGGUAUGACUAAGGUAAACUGGAUUGCAACCUCAAGACCACCAAAGAAACAGCCUUUAACAUGGUACAAGGCUGUUAUAGACCCUCCACCGGGGGAUAAACCUGUGGGGCUUGAUAUGCUUCACAUGGGAAAAGGUCUAGCUUGGUUGAACGGAGAAGAAAUAGGAAGAUACUGGCCUAGGAAGAGCUCUACACUUCAAAAAUGUGUUCACGAAUGUGAUUACAGAGGGAAAUUCAUGCCUGAUAAAUGCUUUACAGGAUGUGGAGAACCAACUCAAAGAUGGUACCAUGUACCGCGGUCUUGGUUCAAGCCAUCAGGAAACAUUCUGGUGAUCUUUGAGGAGAAAGGUGGAGAUCCAUCAAAAAUCACAUUCUCGAGACGGAAAACCAAUGGCUUAUGUGCUCUUGUCGCAGAGGAUCACCUGUCUUUCAUACCUGAAUCUUGGCAGAAAGAUGGAAGUGAAAGCAACAGAACUAUUAAUCCAAGUGUCCACUUGAAAUGUCCUGAGAAUACCCUCAUAUCUGCAGUCAAGUUUGCCAGCUUUGGAACUCCCACAGGAAGAUGUGGAUCAUACUCAAAGGGAGAAUGCCAUGAUCCUGAUUCUAGUUCACUGAUUGAAAAGAUUUGUCUAAAUAAAAACAAAUGUACCGUAGAGUUGAGUAAAGAAAAUUUCAGUAAGAGUUCGUGCCCCGGUGUUAGCAAGAAACUUGCAGUAGAAGCAGUGUGCGGAUGAAAGUGUUAAUCAGCACCAGGUUUGAUAGGAGGAACAAGUAUUGUUAGUUUUAUUUAUGGGAUAAAAGAGAUAAAAGGCUCUAUUUUGUGUUUUUUUUUUUUUAAAUAUAUAUUUUCAUCUUCCUGUUAUAGAAGAAUGUAGCAGGAAGCACUGCGCUAUGGAUGUUUUAUUUUUUAGUUAUUAAUUAUAAGAUGUAAUGCAUGCUUUAACUGGCUCUAAGCCAAUUAUUCAGCAAAAAAAGGAACUAUUUAUUAGUUCAUGUGCAUGACAAGAAGACUUCCAAAAUGGGAACAGUGUUGUUUAGCUUAAAACAAAGUAACAGAA